AUGCAGGUCCAUCUUUCGGCAAUUCAUGAUGAGAUGUGGGAUGCCAUAGAAGAUUGUCCUAUCGUGGUUAUGAUGGUGAAUACACAAGCAGCUGCUCAAGGAGCAGAUCCUGAAGUCAUGAUACCGAAACCUAAGUCUCAGCUCACCUCAGACGAAAAGACAAGAGCAAAUCUCGACAACGUUUCACGAGAUAUACUCUACAAAUCUCUAGAUGACUCAUUGUUUCCAAGAGUACGAAAAUGCAGGACAACAAAAGAGAUUUGGGAUACUCUCAUGAGCAUAGGCGAAGGAGACGAACAAGAAAAUGAUAACAAGCUGACUGUCGCUAUGAAGAAGUUUGAAGACUUCAAAAUGCUGCCAAACGAAACCAUCACCGACAUGGAGCUUAGGUUCACGAAACUUAUGGGUGACCUUUCAAAUCUUGGAAGGGAGCUAACCUAA